CUUUAAACUUCAGCAAGGUGGCCGCAGAUGUCUGCUGGAGGUAUCUUGUCUUCAGGAAACACGAGGAACCUCUGAUGAUGAAGGCCGCUCUGGUCUAUUUGUCUCUCUGUGGCCUAGCCUGGGCUCAGUCAGAACUUCAACCCCAUUCUAGGAAAGCUAAGCAGAAGUGUGCAGGAGAACACCAGAUAAUAGUCAAAGGUCCUCAUUCCAAGCAUGGGUUUUACAUAUUUAAUUAUGUGUACUCAUCUUCAGUGCCGAACAACCAAACGCAGAUUAAGGUAAAAUGAUAUCACAAGAAUAUUUCCAGUACUGAUCAUGGGUUUGAUAAGAAAAAUGAACCAAGGAUGCCUGUUGACAAUCUCACUGACAAAGCACAAGAGGCCAGCAUUGAGCAGAAGCACUUAGUUGAACCAACAAAUGACAGGAAGCCCGAGGGUACAAAAACUACUGAAAGCAACCAUAAUUUCAAUGGACGUCAUGGAAAUACUAGAAAUUGGGAUCUCCAUGAGCCUCGCUUAGAGUUCAUUGUAGACAAUGAAAUUCCUAAAGGAGAUAUUGAAAUAGAUGGCAGUGGGGAUGCAGGUUUUCCAAGUCAAGUUGAUACCCAUCAUGGCAUCGAUACUGGCAAUGAACAUCAUGGCCAAGUCAAAGACUACCAAGUCACAACGAGUAUCAACAAUAAUACACUUUGGGGAAAAGAUAAAGAUGGUCAAUCUAUGAUAUCUAGUACAUCCAAGCCAACAAAAGAUGGUUACAUCAAAAUUGGAGUGAAGAAGAAUGAAGCCUAUGUAAUCCAGGAAAUCAAUCCUUACUCAUACAUUCCGAAGAAAAUUAAAGAUCCACAGAGCAAAGAUUAUUCAAAGGUGACUUUGAAAGGCAAAACCAUUGCCACCGAUAAAGAGCUAGGUAGAAAAGAAGAUAUAUACACUGAUCUGUUAGACAACAGAAAAAAGGAUAACAUUACUGGCAAAACACGUGGUCAUCUCAACUUGGAAGGCAACCUUUCUAGAGAUCUUCAAGGGAAAACAGAACACAUAAUGAAGGGCGAUUACACUAAUGUUUCAAGCACCAAAGGAACUAAAGAGGCUAAUGAAAAAGAUAUUAGCAAUGCUACAGUGCAUAAAGGCAAAGAUAAAGACAUUAUGAUAAUUAAGGAAUUGAAUGGCCAGAAGGAUCGAUCUGGUGCUACAAAACCACAUAAAAAAGGUGAAGUCGGAGGUGGUGUCAUUAGUGGCAGCCAUGUGAAAGUAGCUGGUACCAUCAAACUAGAUAAAAGGGAUGGAGCAAGAGAAGAUAUCAUUGAUGGGAAGCCGAAGAGCCAGAUGGAACCUACUCGUUUCUCCAAAACACACACGAAAGAGGAAGGUGAUGCUGCUAUCACAGGAAGGCUGCUCAGUCAAGUGGAGGAUCCUGUUUACACUAAAACAGGUAAGACAAACCGAAGUGGAGUUAUAUUGAGUGAGAAACUUAACAGUCAUGUAGAUGGGUUUGGAGUUACUAAAACCAACCCAAAAGGUGAAGUUAAUUUCCUUAGAAGGAUUUCUGGCAGCCAAAUAUCAGGACCUGGUGAAAUACAGCAAGGCGGAAAAGGUGCUAGUGAAGUUGAUAUUACUCCAAGGAAGUCUAAUAUUGGUGAAGGAGAUCUUGGUUUUCCCAAAGCUCAUCGAAAAGAAGUUAGCAGUCCUGAAAAAAUAAACAGAAAAGGGCAUGAAAGCUCUCCGGGUGACCCAGAGAUGCAUGAAAGAGACAAAACCAGAUUUGGUGUCCCAUUUCAAGAAGUCAACAAGGACACUGUAAAAGGAAGUAUCAGUUACAGCAACCCAGCCGCUGAAACUGCUGCAGAUCUCAGGAGGAGUAAUAUAGAUCCUUCUGACCGAAAGGCAGAACACCGUGGUCAAAAAACAAUUCAGCUCAAAAGUGCCCUGUCUUUAUCUCAUGGAUCUCAUAAAAACAGCCAAGGUGCCCUUAAUAUUCCCAAGGAUGACAAGCUCAAAAACCCGGAGCAUUCUUCAUUCACAACGAAGAUCAGUAAGAAACUAAAAAAGCCAAGCAAAAAGAUAGCUAAGACUCACACUGGAACGGAUGGAGGCAACACAGCUAAGCAGCAUUUUGGCAAUGGGAGGAGAAAGAUCAGUCGCCAUGGUAAAAAGCGCCAUAGAAGUGAUAGCAGCCAAUCAUCUGAGAGUGAGGGAAACAGUCGGUACGACAGCCGCCAGUCGUAUGAAGAUUAUCAGAAUGACAAGCCUGACAGUUACCAAUCAUCUGAGAGUACUGAAGACAACCUAUCAGUGGGGAGUUCUCAAAGUGAUGGCCACACUCAAAUGGAAGACUAGGAGACCAAAUCCCAAAAAGAUUAUCAGGAGCACAAAAGCAGUGCUU